AUGGUGAGAAAAGCAAGCAUUGGUAAAGAUGGAAAAAAGAAAGGUGCAUGGAGUCUCGAAGAAGAUAUAAAGUUGAGAAAUUCUGUUGAGAUUCUUCAGAAGUAUGGCCAUUGGAACUGGCAGGAACUUCCUAAAUACGCCGGUCUGUCUAGAUGCGGGAGGAGUUGUAGAUUUCGGUGGAUGAAUUACCUGCGUCCAAAUGUCAAACAUGGGAAUUACACCAAAGACGAAGAGGAUCUUAUCUUGAAAUUGCAUCAACAGCUAGGAAAUAAAUGGUCAGAAAUUGCUGCAAAAUUACCAGGAAGAUCAGACAAUGAAGUAAAAAACCAAUGGCAUACCCACCUCAAGAAAAGGUCGAGAAAAUAUGAAACUGCAUUUGAAGUACCAAAAGAGCAGUCUAAACGAAAGAGUAGUAGUGCAUUGGCCCCUAAAGAUCUUGCCAAUACACUGCCUCAGCCAAUUUUUGAAAGCAGUAGUCUGACGUCCCCAACGCUUUCUUUCGGUGAAUUAUCCUCGUUGAUAUUCGAAGUACCAAAGGGACAUUCUAAACAAACGUGUGGUCAUGAAUUGGCACCUGAAGAUGUUAACUCACUGCCUCAGCCAAUUCUCGAAAGCAAUGUGCCUUCCUCGAUACUAUCUUUCGGUGAAUUAUCCUCCUUGAUAAGUGAUUACGCACCUAUAAGCGACCAAAACAGGAGUGCAGGAGAAGAUGAUAUCAAUUCAUCAGAGUUAAUGUUUUCGGAACCGGCUGGAAAUUGUUGGACUGGACAAUUUUUGGUAGAUUCAUUCGACAGCUAUAAUGGAUUUCCGUUCAAAUCGGACGUGGGACGAUCAAUGUCUCCUGAUCCAGAACAAUUGCAAUUUGAUGAGUUCUUCUACCAAGCACUGCAAGAUUUUCUAGAGGAUUGA